AUGCGAUACUUUCCACUUGAAAUGACCAAUGUUACUAAACAGCUGUGUUCAAACGUAAUCCACAUCCACGAAGCUAAUUACGGCCGGACAGAUAAAACUACCUGCUCUUCUGGACGACCUGCAAAUCAGCUCAGCAAUACCAACUGCUACGCUCCCAUAACACUCCCCAUAAUAAGGGAUCGCUGUGUUCCUCCAAGUAAGGAACCGGAGCAUCUCAUCACCACAAUCUUGCACUAUGAAUGCAACAUGUUGAUUUUGGAGACCAGUGGCAGUAAAACAUCCUUGUUGUCGAUACAUCAACUGCAAUCUUUUACCUGCUUGUCAAAAUAUAACGUCUGUCCUUCCAACCCAGGUUCAAACGUAAUCCACAUCCACAAAGCUAAUUACGGCCGGACAGAUAAAACUACCUGCUCUUCUGGACGACCUGCAAAUCAGCUCAGCAAUACCAACUGCUACGCUCCCACAACACUCCCCAUAAUAAGGGAUCGAUGUGAAGGAAAAACAACAUGCGCGGUGCAGGCCUCACACCUUAUCUUCUCUGAUCCGUGUGGUGGCAUCUACAAGUACCUCGACAUCUCCUAC